AUGUUCUCGUCGCUUCUACGAUCUCUCCCCCAGCUUGGACGGAGAUGGAAACCUCUCAAUUUCUCCAACCCCAGCUUCGUUCGGAUACCCGAGUCGCACAAAAUUGAAGAGGAGACUCUCCCAGACUAUAUCGCCUCGCAGUAUUAUCCAACUCGGAUCGGAGAAGUCAUCAAGGAGCGGUAUCAAGUCAUCGGUAAAUUGGGAUUUGGGUCUACCUCGACUGUGUGGCUUGCACGGGACAUGGAUGACCGGCGUUAUGUCAUGCUCAAGAUCUUCGUCCAGGCUUCGUCCAUGGGCCAACAAGUGGAUAACGAGCUCAAUAUGUAUAAAUACAUGGAGCAAUCUCCAACUGGUCAUCCCGGUCGUGACGUGAUAAGAACGUUACUUGAUACGUUUUACAUCGACGGUCCUCAGGACAAGCAUCGAUGCCUUGUACAUCCCCCGUUAUGGGAGAGUGUUUUGGCUUUCUUACGCCGCAAUCCGGUAGAGAGACUACCCUCACCAGUGAUCGCAGUCGUUCUUCAUCGCCUAUUUCUAGCAUUAGAUUAUCUCCAUACAGAGUGCCAUAUUGCACAUACUGAUAUCAAGGCUGAUAACAUCAUGUUCGGAAUCAAGGAUGAUUCAGUCUUCACUAACUUUGAAGAGUACGAACUUCAAACACCCGUUCCAAGGAAAGAGGUAGAGGACGGAAGAAUAAUCUACAUGUCCCAGGAACUCAAAAUACCCAAACAAGUCAGCUCCCCGAUCCUUUGCGAUUUUGGUUCAGCCAUACACGGUGAUCAAUACCACUCGGUAUUCAUUCAACCUCAGAUCUACCGAGCGCCUGAGGUGAUUUUGGGCGUUCCAUGGACUUCUAGCGCCGAUAUAUGGAAUGUGGGAUGCAUGAUUUGGGAUAUAUACGAAGGCGGGUCCUUAUUUACAGGCCAAGACCCCGAAUUUGAAAGAUACCGGAGCCGAGCUCAUCUUGCCGAGAUAAUCAAUCUUCUCGGCCCCCCGCCUCCUAGCCUUCUUACCCAAGCGGAGUUGAAAGACAAAUUCUUUUCGAGUGAAGGCAAGUUUCUUAUUCUCAAAGUAUAUGUACCGCUUGAAAAGAGGGAAAAUACUCUCGAGGGGGAAGCGGAGAGAGAAUCUUUUCUGCGUUUAAUGCGCAAAAUGCUACAAUGGGAGCCCGGUAAGCGUAGCUCAGCCAAGGAGCUAGCGGAAGACGAAUGGAUACAUAGCCAUAUGUAA